UUUACGAUCAACAAACGCUUAGAAACGAAUUGGCUUGAUCGAGCACCGCAGUUCUAAUUCAGAAAAAUAAUCGCACGUUAAGUCGACCGCAAGCAAGAUGAUAUUACAGGCCCUCACCACAAUUGGCGUCCUACUGAUCAUAGACGUAACUAAUGGAAAUUAUCCGCGUGUAAAUAGUAAUUGUGACUGUGGACAUGCGAACGAAGGCAUUGCUAAUCGCAUAGUCGGUGGAAUUAUAUCCGUUCCGCAUGUCUUCCCAUGGAUUGUUGCUAUAUUGGACCAUGGUGCCCUGCACUGCGGUGGUGCUCUCAUAAACGAUCGCUACGUACUAACUGCUGGUCAUUGUAUAUUUAAAAUAAAAAAGAAACAUCUAUCUUUAGUCCUAGGAUUGCACGAUAUUCGAAAAAUCAAGAGUGGCUUAACAAUAAAACCAGCUGAGAUGAUUCUACACGAGGACUUUCAUAGUGACGUAUUGCAUGAUUUUAACGAUAUUGCUCUUAUUAAGUUGUCGCAUUCAGUUGAGUUCACAGACAAUAUUAAGCCAGUGUGUUUGCCAACGCCCGGAUCGAAUUAUGAAGGACAUCAAGUUAAGGUAUCAGGUUGGGGACGAAUAAAAAGUAAUGGAGGAGCAUCGAGAUAUCUAAGACAGGCUAAUUUAAGGAUACUACCUUAUGAUUUGUGUAAACAAACAAAAAUUGGUCCUCAUUUAGAUGAAAAAAUGUUAUGCGCUUAUGCAACGGAUACAGAUGCUUGUCAGGGGGAUAGUGGUGGUCCAUUAAUUUUUCAACGAGACGAUGAAAAAUACGAAACAAUAGGUAUAGUGUCUUGGGGCUUGGGAUGUGCACAAAGAGGAUUCCCAGGAGUUUACGUGAAACUUACAGAUUAUUUAAACUGGAUAUACACACAUACUUCAGAUGCGAUUUAUUGUAUGGAUAAAUAAUUUUAUAUUUUUCAA